AUGGAAGAGAUACAGUCUACUUCUACACAGAAUUCAGACGAUUUCUCAAGCUCCCUAAGCAGUAGGUUAAGUGGAUUGGUUGAUAUUCCUUUAUCAACAAGGAUCAGAGAGAAUGUAUCUUCACUCUUUAACUUUUUAGACAUAUAUGGUCCAAAAAUCCCAUUACUCCAUACCAUUGUAUCGUUCAUUAGAUUCUUCCAAUUAAUUGGUGGAGCGUUCAUGGCAUCAAAUAAUGAUAUCUUUGAUCAGAAGACACUAGCUUUUAGAGCUAUCAACAUUAUUACAGUAUUCUUCCAUGUGAUACCAGUUCAAUACAGAUUUGGCAAUGAAUAUAUCUUUUUAUAUAUUAUUAAUGCUGUUUUAAUUCUUUUCGGUAUUUACCUUCUUGUCUGUGCAUUCAUAUACAAGAAAACAAGUGCAAUCUCAAGAUUUUCAAUAGUACUCUUAACAUUGUUCAUGUCCUUUGUACCUUGGCUUCUCAUACUAAUAUCAGUUCAAUACGCGGGACAAAUUAUUUCAGCUUAUUUGGCAAAAGUUUACAAAAUUGAAAUGAAGUCACUUUUUGCAGUCAUUUUAACCUGUGUUUGCUGCUUCACAUACACAUGGACACUUGUUAAAUGCUACACAAGAACCUUAACUUUCAGAGCAAUGUCAUUCCAAACAGUAGAAUCACGUCCACAAUGCAGAUUAUUCACGACCACAAAUCUUGUCACUUUUGUUUCAUCUCUCACAUCAUAUUUAACAAAAUGGCCGUCUGUAGGUUGUAUAGUUAUCUCAGCAUUUUGCUUUUUAUAUAAUGCCAAAACAGUUUUCGGAUGUGCCACAUUUGUUAAGCCAGUUCAUCAAACAAUGGUCCUUUCCGGUUCAAUUUUUGGAGCAUUACUUUCUUUUGCUUCGAUUGCACCAAUAACUAUAGGAAAGCCAUGGCCAAUCUUCUUCUACGCAAUAUUUGCUGGCCUAUUUGUUAUUGUAUUUCUUAUUUCGGAUCUUUUCAUUAAGAGAAGAAUAAGAGUAGAUUUGCUGACAUUGGAUGAAUUCGAAGCUUCAGGUGAUUUCGACGUUAUUGGUUCAAUGAAAAAGUUCAAGCAGUCUGUUGUUACUGGAUUCAGUUAUGGACACAAAGUAUGCUUGAACUUCUCAGUUUUCAAAGCUGCUGCUCAGAAAUGGCCAGAUCAACUUAUUGUUUGGUUGAUUUACGCAAAGUUUGCUUCAAUUUACCCUGAGUUGUCAAAUACUUUAGAGUUUAUUGGAUCAAACUUAAAGGGCUUGGUAAAGAAGAACCAAGAAGCUGAAUUCUACUUGGCUAAUAUUGGUCAGAUUCUAAAAACCAGAGAGACAAAGUUUACUCCACAGCUCAAGUCAAAGAUUUCAAAGAUCCAGAAAUAUUUUGACAAAUCUAAGAAUAGACUGAGAAAUAUUUGGGAUCUUGUCCUUCAAGGCAAUGUUUCUGAGAUGGAUACAGCAAUCAGAUCAACUUACGAAAGUGUUGAAAAGUCAGAAGUUGAAAUCAACCAGCUUUUGAUGCUCUAUCCAAACAAUAGAUUUGUUGCAAGACAAUAUGCAAGAUUCCAACUCGAAAUCAAGUCAGAUGCUGUUACAUAUAAGAAGUGGAAUGAAAACUUGAAAUUGCUACAAAAAGGAAUUCAAAUUCAUCCAGAUACACUUCAUGAAUUAGGACAAAUUGCAUUUGAAGAUAUUCCAGAGCAUUCUGAUGAAACUGUUACAGCUGCCAAAGUUACAACAACAAAACAAGAAUCAUUUGGAAUGGAUGAUGGUAACAUUUAUGAUGAAGAUUUAGAUUUCCAGCAAGUCGAAAGUCUCAAAGAUCUUAUUGAUAAUCAUAAGAUUCCAGCCAUUCGUUACAUGUACUUAUCUUCAGUAUUUUCAUUUGUUUUCCUGAUCUUUGUUCCAUUUUUAG